AUGGUCAUUGAACAAGAAGCCAAUGAAGAUGAAAUUGAAUAUUUUGGAUUUGUUCCGUAUUGUUUUACACUAGAAUUACAACAAUGUUUAGAAGAUGAGUUUAAUGACACAAUUUCAGAAUUAAACACAGAUAAAGAGUUGGCUAAACAGAUAGUUGGAUACUUUAGAAAGAAUUGUUUCAUGAUGGUCAAUUAUAUGAGGAGAAAUAUAUUAAAGUUUCCAGAAAACUUUAAAUAUGAGAGAUUAGUUACAGAUGAAGUAGUUGAGGAUGACAUUCAAGAGCUUUUGAGUGAUGUCAAUCAAUUACAAAAAGAAAAGACAAAUUUGAUGAAAAAGAUUAAUGAAUUAAAAAUAGAGAAAAUAAAGAAGAUUAACAUUAGCAGGGGAUAUAAGUCUUUAUUAAAACAUAAAGAAGAUUAUUAUAAUUUAAAAGAACACCUUUCUGAAAUAAAGAAGCUAGUGGAGAAGACAGAACUCAAAUAUGCAUCAUACGUUCAGAAUGGUGAUCUGAAUGGAAUAAAGAAGUUGAUGCAACACAAAAAUAUAGAAAAUGAGUAUUUUGAUAACGAACUCGUGAGAUUGGAAAGAAUUGGCUCAAUUGAGACUUUAAAGCAAUUGAAAGACAAUUUGAAUUAA